AUGGCCGAAAAGAAUUCGACCGAUACGCUCGACGACUUUGCCGUUGUGGAGCGAGACAAUGUGCCUGUUGUGCCUCUGAUGGCGGGCGAAAGCCUACACGACAAGAGAAAGAAGGUCUUGGACUGGCUCCAGCCCACCGACUAUCUUUCCCCUGGUAAUGAAUACAUGAAACAUCGACAUGCCCAUAUACCAGGGACAGGCGAAUGGGUACAAGCUUCGCCUAUAUUUCGCUCAUGGUGUGGCGAGUCCCAACCUGAUAAGGUUGGGUUAGACACCGAUUCCGGAUAUCACUACAUUGCUCCAAAGACAGCACACAGCGCUUCGUGUCUCCAUAUUCGCGGCGUAGCCGGUAGUGGAAAAUCCGUCUUUUCCGCCAGCACAAUCCAUCAACUGCAGAGAGCUGGUCAUAUUGUUCUCUUCUUCUUCUUCCGCCAAAUCGUCGACAAAAACCACGCGGCAAAGUAUCUUGUUCGGGAUUUCGCUGCCCAGCUACUCCCACACUGUGAUGCACUUGUUAGCGAACUCAUCCAAUUGUCGACGAGCAUCGCUAUUAGUGAUGUCGGUAUAGGUCCACUUUGGUCGGCUGUUUGCAAGAUGCUUGUUGAGGGAAAUGUUGGUCAGCAAGUCUUUUGCGUGGUGGAUGCCCUGGAUGAGAUGGAUAAUGAAGACUUCCCAGACAUGAUGGAACGGCUCAUCACGCUGGGUUUAUCAAAUCCUCAGACGGUGAAGAUGAUGGUUACUGGUCGGCCGUUGCCAAAGAUUGAACUGGCCAUUCAGAACAAGGGCAUUGUGCAGCUCAAACUGGAUCCAGUUUUGCUAUCUCCAGACGUGGCCCGAUAUGUAGAUGCUCGAAUGGCAUCUCUUGAGCCUAGGCUCAGUGACGAUAGAUGCAGCCUCGUCACAACUGCCAUUUGCCAAAGAGCCAGUGGAUUAUUUUUACAUGCUCGUCUUAUAACGGACAACUUGGCUCAAAACCUUCAAGAAGGGCGCAUUACAGAAGAAACUCUACCUGAGAGUUUGGAAAGCCUCCCGAUGUCGUUGCGACACGUUUAUGAAGAGAUGCUCAGAGAGAACUCUAUGCGUAGCGGUGUAUCCAUGAAUGAUCAAGCAAAGAUCCUUACUUGCGUAACUCAUGCGAGCCGACCGUUGCGAUUAAUCGAGUUGGGCUCACUCGUUGCACAAAUGCUUAAUGCCGACUUGAAAAGGGGCAAGGAACUUGUACGUGCAAGCUGUGGAAGAUUGCUAGAGCUACUGGAGGAUGAGACUGUUAGUGUCAUCCAUCACUCGUUCACCGAGUUUCUCCACGAUAAUGAUCGAUCUGCGCUGCCAGAUGCCUUCCCUGUACUUGAAAAUUCUCCGGCUCACGACAUGUUCGUUGUCCUUUGUUUGGAAUAUUUGAACAGCUGCCCGCAUUUUGAUCCUGGGGAAAACUCACACGACUACGAUCUGGAAAAUUCGACAUACCGAGCAGAGCAAGCUAGGCGAAAUGCCAUUAGGACGGAGCUGCGACUUAGCCACCCGCUGGCUGCAUAUGCUAUCGAAAACCUUGGCUUCCAUUUCACCAAAAGUGGUAACAUGCCCAAUAACCGUGGAAUUAAAACGCUGGAUGCAUAUUUCAUGCCCAAUCGCCCUGCCUUUGAAACAUGGAUCCUUAUGAAUUGUCCCCCCGACAUUAGUACGCGCACCAGUUCCUUGCAUCUUUUUAUCAAUACAGCACAGGAUAACGCCAUGCCGCUCUUCGUUAUUCAGCAUAUAGUUCAAGCAAACCCUUUACUAGUUGAUCUUACCGAUUGUCUGGGCAGAACACCGCUGAACAUUGCAGCGAAGAUUGGACGGUGUGACGUAAUGCAGUUACUACUAUCUAAAGGCGCUAAUCCAGAAACCGGAGACAAUACUGGGCAGACACCACUUCAUUCGGCGAUAUUAGGAGGCAGAGAGUCAGCCACCCAACUGCUUUUGGAUGCUGGUGUUGAUCCGCUAAUUAAGACACUACCAGUGUACGAUGGUUGGAGCGUGGCAUUUGAUUGCAGAGUUCAACUUAGUGAGGAGCAGGCACAGAAGAGAUGUAAAACCGCACUCUCAAUGGCCAUGAGCGGCCAAAGUCUGGCUAUUAGAACGAAGUUCCUCUCCUUGGUCCCUGUUGCUGAAAAUACGUCUGUUUUCCACAGUGCAGAAACCGUCGACACCCUUGAAGCAAUUCUAAAGACUGGUACAGUCGAUAUUAACUCAUAUGGCCCGAAACGUGAAUAUCCAUUCAGAAGAGACUUCCAAACAACAAAACUUUUUGAAGUGGCUGCAACCAAGAAGCUUGACAUGGCUCAAGUUCUUCUCAACUAUGGGGCUGAUCCAAUGCGACGCGAGCCGGGCCAACCUACUGUUCUACACGCUAUGGCUGGUUCACAGAGGCCAUAUAAUACUUGGUACAAAGAAGAUCAAGAAAAGCUCAAUGAUCUAGUCAAGUCGCUUGUGCAUGCUGGCGCGGAUAUUAAUGCUACAAUGGACGAAAGGAAGCCGCAGAAUGACGGCGGAUAUGCCCCUUUACAUCUGGCCGUGCGACGCUCGACCUACUUUUCUCUUACAGGCUCCGAAUCCCACGAAGAAGUUUUUACCGAGGCACUUUUGAAAGCUGGUGCGGACCCGAACAAGGUGACAAGUACCGGACAGGCACCUAUUCAUCUCAUCAAUCCAUGGAACGCCGAGCUUGUACGUGUUCUAGUAAAACAUGGAGCAGUGAUUAAUCAAAUAAACAACCAUGGCCGUACCGCAUUACUAGAACUUUUGUAUCAACUGGUACGAAACGGGCGCAGUAGCAUCCCGAGGCAUGAGUUAGUAGCAGAAUCGUUGAAUGCGCUGCUGGACUUCGGGGCCGACCCAUCUAUCAUGGACAAAUUUGACAAUGGGGUUUUCCACUACAUUGUGAAAGCAUUGCAUGUUUUGGAUCAUGAGUGUUAUCUUCCUCUUGUGGAAAAGCUGUUACAAAGAGCUGAUUUGGGUCUCCUCAACCGCCCAAAUAUGGACGGAGACUCACCUAUACACGGUUAUGGAACACUAGGAUCCUUGGAAAUCCUGAAGCUGAUGAUCCGCGCCGGUAUGUGUAUUGAUGCUCGAGACAAACGUGGCGAUACUGUCUUACAUAUGAUGCAAUGCAAAUAUGAUACAUCUACCGCAGAUUUGAACAGACUUGUUGCCAUUGGUGCUGAUCCAAACGCAACGGGACGGGGUGGCCAGUCACUUUUCCGGGCCGCUAUUGGAUUGUGCAAACCAUUGGAUUGGCUUAAAUAUGUGCUGAAGAUCAACACUGCGCCAUUUCCCGUUGAUGAUGAUGGAAAUACUAUUCUGCAUCAUAUUUCCAAAUGUUAUGGAGAGACACUUGAGUUGGUUUGUGAUCUUGUCGUACCAGCUGGAGCAAAUCCUUUAGCUAAAAACAGGCAUGGGCAGUCUGUCUUUCAUACUAUGGCGUCCAGGAAUGCACGAGCUGUUCUGAAUAGCCCACAUUUCGAGGAAUUGGAUAUUAAUGAACAAGACGUUGACGGAUUCACGCCACUGCAUUAUAUACGCAGUGAAACGCAUGUGGCAGAACUUUUGGAUAAAGGUGCCGAUAUUUCCAUCAAAGCAAAGAACGGCAUGUCACCUUUGCACUGUGCAGCAAAAGCAGGAGCGGCUUGCGCCGUGGAGCUUCUCAUCAGCCUAUAUCGAGGACACUCUACGCUAUCUCAGGAGAUAAAUGCGCUGGGAGAUGGAAAAUCACCUCUGCACUAUGCCUGUCAAGCUGGAUCAUAUACGACUGUGGCUGUUUUGCUGAGAGCUGGUGCAGACCCCGGUGUCGUUGACCCGGAGGGGUGGACGCCUCUUCAUAUGUUAUCUAAAUUUAUACCCACGAAACCAUGGUCUGAUGUGGAACCCAUUACAUCUCGUACACCGGAGAUUGUACAGAUGCUUGUUCGUCAAGGCAUAAACUUGGACGCUACAGUCACGCAUAUGCUCGACGGCAAACAGCCCCCAGUGCGGGCUACUGCGCUGGAUUUGGCGGUAGAUGCAAAACGAUGGGAGCUAGUUCGUGAACUGAUAGCUUGUGGAGCCAUUGUGCCGGAGAAGUAUAGAGAUUCCGAAGAGUUUCUUCUUAAUACUGAUAAAGAAUUGGCUCUUGUGGUUGCCCAGAAGAUGGAGGCAAAGCUGGCGGAAGAGAUAUCAGGUCUAUCAGAACAAGAAAGAUCUAAGAGGCGCUAUCACAAUCAUAUGUGGCGUGGUCGCUGGUCUUCUGCGUAUGAACCCGAAUCAAAGGUUGAGGGUUGGAUUCAUAGCCCAGAAGUGAUCUUCACCCCACGGAAGUAUGCUAAUGGUGUAUCAAUACCAGAGCGCUAUGUUUUUGGAGCGCCUCUGGCGGAAUACGAGUUCGAUAUCAUAAAGGAAUACUAUGCUCACAAGGGUGAUAUAUUCGAUGAUCCUGAAAACAUUGACGGUUUCAUGAAAGUGUUGGUUUCCGAAGGGUAUGAGUCGCUCUUGAGAUACUUCAUGGGGAAUCGUCUUCAUCGUGAAAAUCCAACCAAGCCUGAUGGUGAAGGGAGGACAAAGCUACCUGGACUUACCCUGCUAGGAACAUGUUGCUCCAAUACCUCUCCAUCUAUGCAUAUUAUAGAAUGGCUGGUUGAUGAGAUUGGGGUGGACAUUGAUGGGAAACAUGCCGACCAGAGCAUUCCGCAUACCUAUUACAACGCUCCAUUGCAUAUACUUGCUAAAGGAUGCUCAUUUUGGCACGUUGAAGCCGCGAAAUAUCUCAUUUCGAAGGGAGCAAACGUUGACGUGCGAAAUACAGGAGACCAAACGCCGUUGUGCAUCGCGCUAGACGAAUCUGAGAGACGCGGGCGAUGGAACUUGGACUUUGCUCGGCUGCUCCUGGAAUGUGGUGCGAAUACCGACGUAUUUCACACGUCCAUUUUCGGUCGGAUCAAAGACCCACGGCUCGUACAGUUGGUUGCGGCGUCUGGUGUCGAUAUGUCGCGACAUAGCCACUGUUUAUCUGAUAAUAUCAUGCACUCGAUGCUUCCAGAGACAGUCAAGGCGCUUCUUGAUGCUGGUGCAGACCCGAAUGACUUUCUUGAAGGGGAAUCAUAUGACAGUGACGAUGGUAACUCGGAUGAAGUGGAUGGCGAGCAAAUCGACAAAAUUGAAACUGUAGCAUCAUUCGAUGCUCGAUAUGCUCUGCACGAGGCUGCAUCUAGAAGAUCCAUAGAUGAUCACGAUGACUAUCCACUCGAGAAUCGAGUAACUGUAAUUAGCUUGCUACUUUCGUCUGGAACGAACCCGUUUCUGACGUAUAGCGAUGGAAGCUUUAUCCUACAGCAGAUUGUGAGAGACCGCGGCUUGGCGAAGCAGUGUCUAUCUAUGAUGAAAGAACAUAAGCCAGAUCACAGGGGACGAUAUGGCCGCACACUUAUUAUUGAAGCAAGUAUACCGGGUGCACAACGUUUUGCACCCUAUGAAUACGAUUACAGAGAUAACGACGAAAAGAAGAAGGAGAUUACGGUUAUGGGCGACGUCAUAAAGCUUUUGGUGGACUUGGGGGCUGAUAUUACACUAGCCGAUGACCGGGGCCGGACCGCUCUACACUGGAUGUGUACUCAGAAAGUGCCAUUUGACCUAGAGGCUAAAGAGGCAUUCAAGGCACUCUUAGCGAAGAACCCGCAAAUCGUUGAGAUUGCAGAUAACGAAGCCAAUACGCCGCUUGCCCUUGCACUAGGCUCAUACUCAAACAAGCAUGCUUCAAUGGACUUUGCCAUCCGAGAGUUGGUUGCAGCAGGGGCAGAUACAAGCAUAUUACAACCAAUAAGCGGCAACUCUGUGCUACACCGUGUAGCACAAUGGCUCACCAAAGAGGGGCGGGAGACAGCUGGCGAAGUCAAAGCACUGUUCAGUGAUCUGGCCCCUUUGUUGGAUAUAAACAUGCGAAAUAAAGCAGGAGAAUCGGCUUUAGCGAUAGCCCUCGCAACACCCUUUCCUCCACCUGGCGAAUUCCACUCAUCAACGAACCCAGAUUGUGUGGAAACGUCUGCCGUGGCGGCGAUAGAGCUUCUAUUAGGUCUAGGGGCAAAGGUAGACACCGUUGACGCAAAGGGUCGUGGCCUAUUGCAUGUUACCGCCGAACGGCCUAUCAAUGAGGAGCGGAGCCACAGCUGGCGUGAAGAGAGUAUGAUUGAGAAGACCUUUGUGAAACUGCUUGACCUAGGUCUUGAUCCGCAUCUAGAAGACAAUCAGCUACACACUCCAAUUGACAUUGCCGUUGCUAGGGACUUGGACGGGGUGGUGAAACUGUUUAGUGAGGAGGGCCGGCGUGCGGCGGAAGAACGCAAAGUGAAACGCGAGAGUACUGAGGAUAGUAGUACUAGCCAGCGCAAGAGCUCUCAUUCGGAUACUGACGAUGAUGGCGAACAUGACGAAUAA